CUUCCUGUAAUGGAAGCUCAAAUGUAUAAUUUUUGGGCAGAUGUGUCGGCCGGUACCUAGACUUAAAUGGGCAGAGUAUUAGACAGCUGCCACUAUUUCUUUUUUUUCGACAACCGUUAUAUUAACAGCAUCUCUAAUGUUGAUGUUUUCGUUAUUACCUUUCGUUUGGGUUGUUUCUGCAAAGGCAGACCUCUUUCAAUUUGAUAAGAUAUCAAACGUUUCGACGUACUAUUUUAAUUAUAUUUAUUGUAAUAUAUGGGAGGGUGAGUGUCAACCUAAUCAAGAUGAUACGACCCAACAAGUUCCGACACGAGACCUGUGGUCUGGGGUUCCCCAGUACUAUAUCAGCCUGCUGUCAGAGUGGUACUGCAGUCUGGGACAGUGCUGCGAGUCGGGGGACUGUCGGAUAACUAACAACAUCACAGGUCUGGCUCAGGACAUGCAGCAGAAGCUGCAUGGGCAGCACCUGGCUCAGUCCGUUGUCCUGAAGGCUGUCCAGGGCUUCAUCAACAACCCAGAGUCUAACAAGCCCCUGACCCUCUCCUUCCAUGGCUGGUCCGGUACAGGGAAGAACUUUGUGGCCAGGAUAAUAGCUGACAACCUGUACCGCGAUGGGGUGAAGAGCGAAUGUGUGCGUUUGUUUAUCGCCCCCUUCCACUUUCCACACGCCAGACUGGUGGAGACGUACAAGGGCCAGCUGAGAGAGGCUAUUAGAGAUAUGGUGCUGCGUUGUCCACAGACGCUGUUCAUCUUCGACGAGGCAGAGAAACUUCACCCAGGCCUGAUAGAUGCCAUCAAGCCUUACAUGGAUCACUAUGACAACGUGGACGGAGUCAGCUACCGCAGGGCUAUCUUCCUGUUCCUCAGUAAUAUCGGUGGAUCGACCAUCAACGAUGUGGCGUUGGACUUCUGGCAUUCUGGUCAGAACCGGGAGGACAUCGGGAUGGAGGACAUGGAGCACCGUCUACGAGACGAAGCCAUGGAGUCACAAGGGGGCUUUGCCCAGAGCGAGCUGAUGUCCGGUCACCUCAUUGACUUCUUCGUCCCCUUCCUGCCUCUGGAGUACCGCCACGUCAAGCUGUGUGCCCAGGAUGCCUACGCCGCCAGGGGCUUAGAGCCUGACGAGGGCACCCUGGAUGAGGUGGCCAAGGCCAUGCUCUACGUGCCCAAGGAGGAGAGGCUGUUCUCUGCCCAGGGCUGCAAGUCCAUCCCCCAAAGGAUCAACUUCUUUCUCCCAUAGUGGAGUUUGGGGCAGGGGAGGGGGGACUGGUUUGGGAAGCGGAGGAUUGGUCUGGCAAUGGGGGCAGGUUUUGCCUCUCGGCCUGGACCCUGGACAAACCAGCAAUAAAAAAAAAUAAAAAAAAGUCAGAUGCAAGAAGCUAGCUGUGUGUGUAUGCUAGAGACACAGUACUUCUGUACCGAAGGAGAACAUGGCAGUGUGGUGUGUGUGUGGCCAUCUCUCCCCACCUGACACCCACUACCAGCACCUGGUGCCUGGACACGGACUCACCUGUGAAGCCCAUGGUCAGUAGGAAACCAGGAGAAUGGAGUCAAAUCCACCAUUGAUUUGACAUCCCAACAAAGUCUUCUCUUUCAUUCAUUAGGUGCUUUGUUUUUUGUUUUAAGUCAACUGUUGUUCCAGUGUACAGUAGCUUGCAGGAUAUUUCACGUUGUUUUGGCACUUUAUUUUCUUGGACUGAGUUUGAAGCUAAAAAUACUUUAAACUAAAAAUAGGGCUUUUUAUGUUAUUGUGAAACUUAAUCUGACUUGGAUGAAAUGUGGUAUGAGAUAUGCAAUAACUCUAAGUACUAAAAGAGGAUUUUGAACUGAUGGGAAGCUUCUUGAGAAAAAUGUGAACAUUUUAACCACUUUUUAAAGGCUUAUCUCAUAAAUUAAUGUGAAUUUAAAUUGUUGUAUAUCUUAGUGUAAAUUAUAAUUUAUUUGUACUGGAGGAUGUUACGUCUGUUAAUCCUACAUUUCCAAAUGUUUUGACCAUUGCAUUGGUUGGUCAAGCUAACGACUAACUUUGGAUAUCUGUGUCAUAAUGUGCUAUGCUAUCCCCUUCAAAUCCACUAUAUGUUUCAAUUACACUCGUUUAUUAUCA